UAUUACUUUAUUAGUCAUCUUACCAUAUUCAGGUUAACAUUGCUGUUAGUCCUUAAUUAGAUAUGAGGGACAUUUUUUUUUCUAUUUUUUUUUUAAACUUAUCUCUUCAUUAUUCAUCUAGUCGAACAAAUAAGGAAUUAGAAAUCAAAAGAUCCAUGCAUAUAAAUGACAUUUAAUUAGUUUGGAUACGUUUUCCCCCAUUCCUUUGUUUGUACCAUGAAUUAUUGAUAUAUCAUUAAUCAUUAAAUAUAGAUAUAGAACAUAUCCUAAACCUUGAGUCACUUCCAAAGAUAUCUCAAUUCUAAAGCACAAUGGUGAGAAUCUUGCACACUUGGAAGAAAAACAACGAUCUAGUACCAACUCAUGAAACACAAAGCCCCCCAUCACCAUCCUUCAUCUUUGAAGAUGAUGUAUCUAGGUUUGUUUUCCAAAUGGAAGCACCACAAGAAGCCACUACAAGUACAGACACUGAAGAUGAAGAAGGUCUAGAAUCAAUCGAAAGAAAACAAUCUGAAUCUCUCGAGGUUAAUGAAGAAGAAGAUGAAGCUCAUAAGCUAAAGGAAAUGGAUGAUCAACAACGACAAAUCAAAGGUAAGAAAAAGAUGGUAACAUAUGACAUUGAUAAGUUACAAAUGUACUCAGAAGAUGAGUUCCUUAACAAACACUAUGAGAAAACAUCAUAUUUUCCAUGUCGCCUCCAACCUGAAGAAGAUACAUUGGAUAUACUCACAAUGAUUGUAAAAGAGAAACGAGGGAUGAUACGAUCCACACGCAAAAUGCUCAAACAAAUGGGGCGCGAGCUUAAGAACAGUGAAGAUAAGUUGAGCACCGUUGAAAAGAAGCUUCGAAAAUCUAAGUGCUCCUCAUCUACCUCUAGUUCACUUAUGUCCUAA